AUGCCUCUAGGUCGUCGGUUAUCGAUUAUGCGACAUAACCGUCACGAAGAGACUGGACCUUACAAUGGUGUGGCGGUUUGUGUACCUCGGCGACCCAUUGAGCUAUACUGGGGAGUGUCCGCACGCUACUCACAGAGUCUCUCAUAUCAGGCUGGUACACUGGCGUUUGCUCAUCGUCGUUGGUCCGCAACUCAGGCAACUACCCUGCCCAACCCUUUAGGCUGUUUAUCAAAAGACACGGUAGCUCCAGACAACCUGUCAUCGAUGCGUGAGGAUGACAGUGGGAAGAAGUGUUACGAGCUGGAAACUCGUCUUGAUGAAUCCUAUGAAUCAACUUGGGGACAGCCCAAAUUAUAUCUAACGUUGAAUAUGCAAAAGUUAGCUUUACUAACUUUGUGA